AUGGAUACUCCUUCUCAAUCUACCGGGUUUCUCAUCGAUCCCCUCCUAGCGAAACAGCUCUGCUUUGUCUCCGUUGCGCUCAGUGGCAGUCGUGCAUACCAAUACCCGCAGCGAGAAGUUUCCACAGCAGACUGGGACUUUGUGGGUGUUGUGGAACAGAAACAUGACAUUCUUAAUCUCGUGCGGCAUAGGAGAGAGGUACUUUGCGACAUGAUUGGAAUUGUUCAACCGGAGGACUUCCCUUGGGAGAUCAUAGAAGAAACACAUGAAGGCAACAACAACUGCAAUGGUCAGGAAAGUGGUUGGGACGUCGUCCGCUUCUCCGGCUGGGCCCACGAUGGCUCCAAACGAUCCAUCAAACUCUGGAGUGAAGAGCACAUCCGCACCAUUGCCGCAGACCCCGAAGUGUGUCGAUUCGGCGUCCUGUCGGCUAAGAUAGUCAGAUACACCCGCAAUCAUCAUCCGCGUAUCGGAAAUCGGAUCUUUGUUUAUCAGCCACUACGAAUCGCGGAGAAUUUAGCAGUCCUCGUCGACGUCGACUUUCUCGCAGGGAAAGAUGACCCGACCGCAGUGAGCCCGGGAGUCACUUGUGAUCUACUUUUGAGUUCAUACGCGCUCUUCGAACAGUUUCCGGAUAGCAUGAGGUCUCUCAAGGGUGCUUUGAUGCGCAAAUGGAAUGAUAUUAUGGACCAACCUGACUUGGCAUCUUUGAUCCCCCUAUUUCAUGGAUAUGGCCGAUUUGAUACGAAAACAAUUCACCGUCUUCAGAUCGAGCUUAUGACGAAGAAUCCUUCAUCCUCGUCAAGCCCACCUGGAUCCCCAGAUGAAAGCCACAGCGGCGGUAGCUCAGUUACCUCCGAGUUUAAAAUGGACGAGGAAGUAGAAGACUAUGGUGUGGUAAGCUUUCUGCCAAUGAAGGAAAAAGAAACACUCUGGUCUCUACAACAUGAGCAUCCUGUAUCCACCUUUCCCCAUCCUCCUCCAGGGUAUCCACAUGGAGAUUUCGAAUUUCGGCCGGUCACAGAAAAAUACUACCCCUCAUCAUUUACCUCCAAUUCUCAAGGCUCAUUCGGGGAAAUUCGCGUAAGAGCGGCUGGAUCAGAGUCAGGAUGGUCACCCGUCUUUGUCAAGAAGGGACGAUACAUCAAUGAUGAACUCCUCGCAUUCCCUACAGUUCAGGAACACUUCCCACCUGAAUGCUUGCAGCAACUUGUGACGGUCGAUCAUGAUGCCCAGAUGUUGUUUUAUCGUCUGUUUGAUGGCAAAACACUGAACCAAAUUCGGCUGGAUUACUAUUUGGAAGGCAGGUCAUUCCUGACGGACAAACAUGAAUACAGAAAGGGACGAAAUUUCCUAGACACAGUAAACUGGUUCCUGGACCUCGAGCUCAGGCGCGCCGAACUUGUCCUUGAUUCAUAUAUCAAGACGAUCGAUGUCAAUCCAGAUCCUACCAGUUGCCGAGAGCAGAAAAUCCAUCGAUUUUACCAUGCACGCCUGCGAUCAGACUCCCGUUUCCUGGAAUUCUACUCUGACCGUUGUUUGGAGGUUCUCGGACUGCCGUGUCUGGAUUCAAACCAAGACUUCACCACAAGCGACUUUUUGAAUACACCCCUGAUCAUCAAUGGCGUGACAUACCCUCCGCUUCGACAUCAUUUUGACCGUGCCACCGACAUCCUUGACCCCAACAGACAAGGGGCCUUAUCUGAUCUGCCUGUCGCAUUUGGCCUGGGAGAUGGCCACGGAGGGAACCUGAUGGUCACCGAGGAUCUUAAAGGGGGUGCAGCAAGAAGUAUUUACAUCGACUACGAAGUCUCUGGAUCUCACUGCCCGUUCCUCGACAUGGCGAAAUCAAUCUACAACGAUGCCUUUUUCAAUGUCCUCUACGCCGACCUACUUUGUGAUGAUGCUACCAAAUCGUUGCCGACGAACAAUAAAUCUGGCGCAUCGGUCUCUUGGAACAUACAACCCGAUGUCAUCGAUAUUAACUACAACUUGCAACUGGAUACGAUUGGUAAAACUGUGGCGAUCACCAAAUUCGAAUACGUGCUGCGGCCGAUCUUCGAUCUGGUCAAUCAAUAUGACACACAAAAGGCCAAUCUCUCAGUGGACGUUCUGAGUUCCGCUCUAUUUACUUGCGCCCUGUUGACUAGAUGUUUCCGAGAAAGGGCAGAUAUCUUCUUCUUGAACCUCGCCAUCGGGGUCCGACUCGCGACCGAGCUGAAUGAAGUAUUGUUUGAAACCUUCGAGUGGGAUGGAUUGCCUGCUGGGAGGAACCCAGGUAUCUCUGAUGAUUCAACCGAAGGCAUGCAGCUACAGCUAUUGUCGCUACCAGAAGAAACCCAAUAUCUGUCUUCACAGUUCGCGAAAGAUCUGAGUAUGGAUUUCUUCGCCUUCUUGUUCUCUUCAAACCUCCAACCGGACGAUGUCUUUUUGAAGAGAGCCGAUGAAACGUAUCAGCUCCAACAGCGGUUUUCGCAAACGGGGCAAGAGUCACAGGGGUCUAUUAUUCGUCGGAUUUCGGCGGCCAGACGGGCUGGUAUGAUGAUUUCCCCCCACACAUGCAUUCGGGAAAGUAUCUUUGCCGAACCACGGAUCGAUCACCAUUUCGCAUACGGAGAUAUCUUGGCCGAGUUCGAACUGGAUACAUCUAGAUUAUUGGUCGAUGUGGGAUGCUGCAUGGGCACUGACAUCCGGAAACUGAUCCUGGAUGGAUAUAGGCCCGAGAAUAUUCUAGGUCUGGAUAUUGAGAAUCGCUACUUCAAUGUCGGUCGAACUCUCUACAACGAAGACCUUAACGCCAGCAAACUUCGUUUCCGGCAAGCGGACUUGGUCGACCCCAACUUCGCCAUGAAAUACCCGGAGCUUGGAAAUCGAUUUCACUUUGUGCACUCAGCAAACGUGAUCCAUCUCUUUGGCAUAGCCAAACAGGAGAUAUUCUUCCGCAAUCUAGUCCAUUUGGUCGCACCAGGGGGCACAAUCUGGGGUCGACAGGUUGGUUUAACGGAGCAAUUUGAGAAGGGCUAUCGACAGCCUGAGGGGAAAGGGGCGAGAUUUACUAUCAACGAAUUUCGGGACUUGGCUUUGCGAGCCGGGAAUUGGGAUGAGCAAGAGGCUCGAUAUGAAGCCCAGCUAGUAAAGUACGAUGAGAUUCGGGCGCAGAGACAGGAUAAGGCGUGGGUUCUACAGUGGAGUGUGAAGGUGCCAGUGGCAAAAGAGAAAGGGAAGGGAAAUGGGGUAGAGGGUUGCGUCGGGUUGAUCGAGGAGGAAAAUUGA